UCCAUCACUCUUUAACACUGUCCCUCUCUCUCUAUCACUCCGUCUAUCUCUUAUUCUCGGUCCCGCUCUCUCUCUCUGUCUCUCUCUUCAUCACUCUGUCUGUCUUUAUCACUCUGUCUUUCUCUCCCUCUCCAUCACCCUCUCUUUCUCUCCAGAUCUCUCUCUCUCCAUCACUUUGUCCCCUCUCUCUGUAUUCAUCUUUCUCUCUCUCUCUCCAUCACUCUGUCCCCCUCUCUCCAUUACUUUCUCUCUCCACCACUCUGUCUUUCCCACCCUGUCUGUCCCCCCUCUCUCUCUCUUGCUCUCUAUCACUCCAUCCCUCUCUAUUUCUCUCUCCAUCUGUCUAUCUAUCUGUCCUAUACACACUACCUUACUCUCUCUCUUUCUUUUCAGUUUUCUCAGCCCUGCCCUCUUUAUCCCCCCACAUCUCUCUCUCUCUCACUCCCAUGCUUCCUCUCUUUCUAUCUCUCCCUCUCUCUCUCUCACUCCCAUACUCCCUCUCUCCCAUAAAGACGCACUACAGGAAACCCUCCGAGCUCUCGGUGUAGUUUGGAAGAAGAUGAACAUCUGUUUGUAAUCUCAACUUCAGGAGAACUUCAUGAGGGAUUCGCUGAUCAGAGAAACGAGCCAGAAUAUUUCCACCAAAUCCCGGUAAACUUCCAUCAAAAACAAGCUUGUACAUCACCAUGGAAUCCUGCCACUCCUGCCUGAACCUGAGCACAACCAAUGAGUCCGGGGCUCUCCAUGACCCCUCGAACCAAUCGUGUGAUUUUCUCUCAUUCUCCAGCUCUCACUACCAGCAGACCAUAAUUCCUGUUAUUUAUUUUCUAAUCUUCAUCCUGGGUUUCCUUGGGAACACGCUAGCAGUGUGUGUGCUGGGUCAGAAGUCACUGAGGUGUUCUGUUGCAAACACAUACCUGUUAAACCUGGCCCUGUCUGACCUUAUCUUUAUUUCUGCGCUUGUGUUUUGGGCGGUGCAUUACCUCCGGGAAUACGACUGGCCGUUUGGGUGGUUCAUGUGCAAGCUGUGUGGCUCUUUGACGUCGUUAAACACCUAUGCUAGCAUCUACUUUAUCAUGGGAAUGAGCAUUGAUCGGUAUCGUGUCAUAGUCUACCCGCUGCACUCGCAUUGCUCAGAAAGUGCGUAUAACGCAAGGACUGUGUUUAAUGCCAGGUGUGUGUGCGGCGUCAUCUGGAUCUUAGCGAUGCUCACAACCAUCCCGGUGCUUGUUUUCCGGCAAACGCAUUACUCUGUUGAGCAUAACGUGACGGCCUGCGUGAUGAUUUACCCGGAUAGGCUCUGGCACGGAAUGCUAACGCUGGCUAAGAACAUUUUUGGCUUUGUGAUCCCUUUUCUAGUCAUUGCACUGUGCUACAGCCGAAUCAGGUGUCAUUUGCUGGUGUCGCCAGAGUUAGUGGAACCUGAUUCGUCACGCUUGGAGCGUGCACGCCGCAUCGCAUUCGCCAUAGUCAUGGCGUUCUUCCUCUGUUGGUUCCCAUUUCACACGCUGUCCUUCAUGGGCGUGUUGCAGGAGCUUGGUGUGCAUUGGAGCUGCGAAGUUCAGCAGGUGAUAAGGGUCAUGAUGGCUCCUGCGCUCUGCCUUGGCUUCGCCAACUCUGCCAUCAACCCGCUGCUCUACUGCUUUGUGGGGAAUCGAUUUCGCCAGCAGCUGCGCCGCCUCUGGAAAGCAAAAGUGCAAAAGAUUGGAACAAAGCGGCAUGACUCUCUCAGCAUGCAGAUCAGCUCCGUCUCACGAAAACUGAGUAACACCAAAGAUACAAUGGCCUCACUCUCUGUGGAGGACAAACUGUGAGAACGGAACUUUUUGACACACGUUAUUGACGGUCAUGAGGUUUAAAACUGUUAAUGACCGAGGAAAACAGUAGGAAAACAAUCACAAACCUCAACAGCUUCUUCACAUACUGUAUGUUUUCUUCAAUACCAGGAAUUACCUUCAUUAUGACCCAAAACAUCCUACCAAACAUCUGCGGGUUCAGACAUACCAAAAAACAUCAACGUUAAACCAUUAUGAAAUAUUGAUUACCACAAGCGGGCACUGUUCAUGUGGACGUGUACCAUAAUAAGGAUGACCUGAUGGAAAGUGGAGCAUGACAAAAACCCAAAACAAAAUAGUGGGCUCUACUGCACCGGAGGACAAAUGGCAUCUCACAUUUGUGUGCCACCAAAGAACAGGAGUGGAAUGUGCAAGAGUAUUUUAUGCUACCAUUUUAGCAUCAUGGCGACCUCUGGUGGUGUGGAGGGCAAAGUGCAACGUUAUCAUGUGCAGGACGCAGGACAAGAGCGGACAAUGGAUUCUUACUGGUUUAGAGUAGCACAUGAUCUAGUCUAGAAAAGUCUAGAUGGUCUAGCACGUUUGUGCACUGGAUUUGAUAUUUAUGCUAGCACCUUAUGUAGUGCACUAGCACCAAUUAAGAGCUAUUUAAGACACAAUUUCUAAGUAGUAAGACGUAUAAAGACACAACUCUUUACUGUUUAUUUGUACUAUUGGAUUAAAAUGCCCUAUAAGAACCUUUUCAGGAUGUAUGACAUAUGCUUGUGUUUCAGGGAAGACGUUACGCUAAAUCACGUUAUAACGAUGCUAAGGUCGUCAGUACAACUUAGCUCACGAUACACGCACAUUAGUAAACUCGCUGUAGGACACCAGGACGUCUAGCUAGCUAUAACAGGUCGAGUCACGAAUAGCACCAAAGCACUUACACACAGAUCAAGCUCUAAAAAAAGAUAAGCCAUGCGACGUGUGUUAAGUUGUUCACGCAGAGGUCUGACACUCGAGAUUUGUGUCUGAGGCAGAACGAUUUCAUGGCCGUGCUGUGCCUGGGGCCGCAACCCUGGGAGAAUGUUAGCAAUGUUAAAAACUGCACAGAAUGCAUUACAUCACCGGUCACAACUAGUGUGUACACACACACAUGCACACACACACAUGGAGUACAGAUAAGACCUCUCUGUAAUCAUCUGUGUGUUUUAUGGACUUAUGGUUUUAGAGUGCUUUUCUUGGCAAAUCUGUUGGCAAGAUUAUUCUCUCUCUCUCUCAAUGUGUGUGUGUGUGUGUGUGUGUGUGUGUGUGUGUGUUUUCACUGUGUAUUGGAUUUAACCCUUUUGUUCCUGAAUUGCCCUGUAAUUCUACAUACACUAACUCUUACAGUACCUGUCAGGUUCAGGUGCUGGCUCAUAAAUAAACAAGCAAGUUAUUAUUCAUGGAAAUGUAAAGAAUCUUCUUGGUAUUCACAGGAAAAAUAUUGUUUUAGUCUUUAAAUACAAUUUUUUAUCAAAGCAUCAUAACACAUUCCGCAUUAACAGAAACAUUGUGACAUUUUGUAAUCAUGAGUGAAGAUGAAAAAUAACAUUACUAUUGAAUUUUGAUUCUUGGAAUGAAGUAGAGUCACGGAGACGCAACAUGAUUAAUGCUCGCCUGAAAUAUCAGUAACGUUAGACAGAAAGAAAGGGAAAAAAAGUCCAAUAAAAAAGAAUAUGAAACACCUUUACAGCAUAUUAAUCCAGUAAUAAAACUGUGUUUCUGUGUGUGUGUGUGUGUGUGUGUAUGUCUAUGAUGUCCAGAAGUGUAGUAUUCCCCUUACACACAUUAAUCAGGCAAACGCUUAUCGUAUACUUUUCUUCACUUACAUACGACACGCAGCAUGUGGAUGGUUUAUCUGUUUAUAUUUACGUUUCCAGUUAAAGUCAUUUAAAAAAGUGCAGACGAGGAUGAAAUAAACUAUAGAGUGAGAAAAUGAAAUAGGAAUAUUUAAAACUAACUUACUAAAUAAACACUGUACAUUUUAGAAUAUAAAAACUUUUAAUAUUAAUAAUUAAGUAAAUGUGUGUUAAAGGUAAUAAAUAAUUAAGUAAAUGCAUAUUAAGUUAAAAAAAUGGUUAAAUACAUAAAUUUAUUAUUUAAAAAAAUAAAUAUAUAAAAUAAAAAGCAAAAAUGUAACAAAUAAAUCGUUAUAAUAUAAACAGAUAAACAUAUAAAAAGUAAAUGAUAAAUAAAUAAAUAUUACAUAAAUAAGAAUAAAUAAAUGAAUAAGUAAAUGACAUAUUAAUUAAUAAAUAAAUAAUAAAGGGAAUAAAUAGGAAACAUUGAAUACUUUAACAAUUUAAAUAUAAAUAAAUAAAUAAAUAAAUAAAUAACACCACUAGCAGGCAAUAUGUUAUAGGUUUUUGAAAAUUGUAAUUGAUAAGUAUUUUACAACUAUACGAAAAAAAAGUAGUAAAUAAAGUAAAUAAAGUAAGUAAAUGAAAACAGAAUUAGAAUCGAGUUUAAUGCACGCGCAGUAACGAAAGAAACGUGAACCAAAACAAUCCCAAACCCACGACUCAAACAAUCUGAACCUGAGAUCCUCAAAUAUUAAUUAUCACACUUUUCUUGACUAAAUGUCUGAUUAUUCAUGUCUACUUUUUUCUUUUUUCUUGGAACGUGGGGUUUUUGUUGCUCAGAGAUUAUGAAAAAAAAUAAUAAUAUAAAACGUCUGUGUCAAGACAUGACUGCAGUCCAGCUGGGAGCGUUUAUACUGCUGAUGUGUGUGUGUGUGUGUGUGUGUGUGUGUGUGUAUGUGUGUACAGUUCCUCUGAAUCCUUUUCACACUGUUAAAUGAUGUGAUAUGAUGUCAUGUCAUGUUAAGGAUUAUGAUGUGAUGUGAUGUCAUGUGAUGUAGAAAUGAGUUUAAGAAUGAAGCGGAUGUGGAAACUAAUGCUGGACCUCAUUACAUCUGAGUCAAAUAUAAUAAACUAUUAUUGGGAAAAAUAUAUAUAAUUAUUAUACUGUACUUUAUUUAAACUGUGGAAGAUGUUCGAGCAGAGUGUAUUUAACUUAUAUCUAAAAAUAAUGAUAAAAAUCAUAUUUCUGUCUUCAACUAAUUCUGUAAUCCUGAUGAUUAAAUCCAGCCUUUAUGUUGAAGGUCUUGUGUAUGUUAUAUUCUUGUGUAACUUUCUAUUUAUUGUCUUAAUUAACAUCAUGGGAUGUGGACGAAGGAAUAGAGAGCGACCAAGUAGGAGGAAGUGGCAUCACUUUUUUUUUGCAUCUCUUGCUUUCUUUUCACCAUUUAAAUUAUUAUUAUUAUUAUUAUUAUUAUUAUUAUUAUUAUUUUCACCCUUUACCCUAAGAACCCCCUGUAGCACAGUCCUAUCUCAUUAUAAAUAACAUCAAUCUUUUCCACCUAACAGACUGAUUUAUGGAGCCGCUACGUGAGGAGUGAAACCCCAGACACCUCAGGUCUACACCUGCCCUAUUGACAGGUCGGAUCUGCACAGUGGGUAACUCGGGGUUGACUUUCUGCCCCACACGCUGCUCAAAGAGGCCUCGAGGAUGUUGAAACCACAUGCCUUCCUUCCUGCACACACCACCGCAGCAUCUUUCUUCGCAUAAAAAAAUUCUUACUUAUAUGUGUAUCAGUCUCCUGAACUGACAUCUACAUGACAAAAUAAUGACGUACAGUAGAGUAAAGCAAAGUGCAAAAAUCUUAGCUAACCUGUGGCUUUGCUUUUUUAUUUUAUGACAUAAAUUAAGUCUUUAAUUUAAAUUAGUUUAAAUUCAAAUGUACAGAUUAUAUAUACACAGUGGGUACAGAAAGUAUUCAGACCCCCUUAAAUUUUUUACUCUUUGUUAUUUUGCAGCCAUUUGGUAAAAUCAUUUAAGUUCAUUUUGUUCCUCA